UUAUUUUUGCGUUUGCAUUGUUUCUUGCUUAGCUUACCUCCGUCAAUAUGACUAAUUCUACAUUUAUUUAUUUAUUCAUUUAUUUCGUUUCUUUAGAUAAUACCAAUAUCUAUAUUCGGGUGCCUAUCAUUCUGUAUUUGAACUUUGACUUUGUUGUGUAUGUCCCUGUCUCCCACGCCAUUACGUGCCUACCACAUACUGGUUUUGAAUUCUUGAUUGUGCUUUCGCUUCACAUAGGCAUACGGACAAUGGAUGUUAUAUGACCAUAAAUAAGUAGAUUAUUGUUGCUUCCAGCUGAGGUUUUUAUUCUUCGAAUGAUGAUUAUUCUUUAUUUUCAGAGCUACAAAUGUAUACAUAUAAGAUAUAGGGUAUCAGUUAAAAUGAUGUAGCAAUUGGAUGGUUAGAAGGAAUUUCUUUUGAGGGGUGUUAUCAGUGUUACCCCAUUCAUGUCUUCAAAUCCAGCUAAUUUUUCUGACUCAUCUGAGAUGAGCUACAGUUCAUCAGAUGAAACACCAUGUGGACCCAAGAUGCAAUCUCAUGCCAAGACUGGUAUAAAUUCAUCGAAUGAUAAGGUUUACGACCCCAAUAGGGUAGAUAGAGUAGCAAAAUCUAGUGUCAAAUCAACUCAAAAUUCAUCAGGUGGACCUCAACAUGUGGAUCCAAUUUCUAAAGGAACGGAAUUUGGUACUAAGACUGUAGCUGAGCCAACCACCAACCAUCAUCCAUAUCCAAGCCCAAUGGCACCUGCAAAUUCUGAACUUCUAACCACUUCAACGGGAAUGGCAAUAGGAGCAUCAAAGAGUACCAGUUCUAUCACCAACCUGGGCCAAAUGAGUGGUAGUAGCUCUCGAUCCGACAGCUUAGAGAGUUCCUCUAGUGCACCCCUCAGGCCUCAUACUGGUGGUGAUGUACGGUGGGAUGCCAUUACCAUGGUGUCUAAAGGUUCCCCACUUAAUCUUAGCCAUUUUCGGCUUCUUAAGCGCAUAGGUUAUGGAGACAUUGGCAGUGUCUAUCUUGUUGAGCUCAGAGGAACAAAUACAUUUUUUGCCAUGAAAGUCAUGGACAAGGCAUCUCUUGCUAGUAGAAACAAGUUAUUGCGAGCACAGACAGAAAGAGAGAUACUUGGACUUCUUGACCACCCAUUCUUGCCCACUCUCUAUUCUUACUUUGAGACUGAUAAGUUCUAUUGCUUGGUCAUGGAGUACUGUAGUGGAGGUAAUCUGCAUUCUCUUCGGCAGAAGCAACCUAACAAGCAUUUUACAGAGGAAGCUGCAAGAUUUUAUGCAUCACAGGUUUUGUUAGCACUUGAGUAUCUGCACAUGCUAGGAAUUGUGUACAGGGAUUUAAAACCAGAAAAUGUUCUAGUAAGAGAUGAGGGUCAUAUCAUGCUCUCAGACUUUGAUCUCUCACUCCGUUGUUCUGUCAAUCCUACACUAGUCAAGUCAUCAUCUGUCCACGUAAGCAAUGGUGGUGGUGGAGGUGGUGGUGGGGGCAUUUUAGACGAUGACCUUGCUGUGCAUGGUUGUAUGCAGCCAUCCCAUUUCUUUCCACGCAUUUUACCAGGCAAGAAAAAUCGGAAAUCUAAAUCAGAUUUUGGCCUUUCUGCUAAUGGCAACCUCCCUGAACUGAUGGCAGAGCCUACAAAUGUGCGCUCCAUGUCAUUUGUUGGAACACAUGAAUAUCUAGCCCCAGAGAUUAUUCGUGGAGAGGGCCAUGGUAGUGCAGUGGACUGGUGGACGUUUGGUAUCUUCUUAUAUGAGCUCUUACAUGGGACAACCCCCUUCAAAGGUCACGGAAAUCGUGCCACACUUUUCAACGUCGUAGGGCAGCCUCUGAAAUUCCCAGAAACACCACAAGUGAGUGUUGUUGCACGAAAUCUCAUACGAGGACUGUUGGUGAAAGAACCACAAAAACGGAUUGCCUAUAAAAGGGGUGCCACAGAAAUAAAGCAACACCCAUUUUUUGAGGGAGUGAACUGGGCUCUGGUGAGAUGUGCCACGCCUCCGCACGUUCCUGAGCCAGUAGACUUUUCACAAUAUGCUAGCAAGGAAGCAAACACUGCAGACAAAAAGAUCACAGAUAUUAGAGGUGACAAAAAGAACAAUAGUCAUAAUGAUUCAUCUUAUGUAGAUUUUGAGUACUUCUAGCACUCCUUUUGCAUGAUGAUUUACAUCCUCUGGAGGAAAUUUACCUUGUACAAAGCGCAAAAAGUUGCAACUCAAUCAGAUAUAUACUUGUACCAUUAUAUGUUGAGAGGUCUUCACAGGGAAAACUUUCGUUGACUGAACACUAUUGAUUUCUUUCUAGGUAAAGGGCAAAUAAAAAUACAUACAGGGAUGGAAAUUGCAUCCAAAUUUUUGGCUUGCCAUUCUUUUUGCAUGUAUAUAUGUGGACUUGUCAAUACUAUAUUGGAUCUGAAUUCUGGUCUGGUG